AAACCCUCUGUUGUUCUGUUCAGCACAGCUUAAUUCUAGCUAUGCUCUGGCGGAAAUUUUCGCCAGCAUUUUGUUACCAUCAUAGAGUUGCUGUCAGAGAUUCUCAGUUAGCACAGUCCAAAGUCAGAUUUCCGUGCGUCUAUUUAGCCCCACGACGCGUGAAUAACAAUAGUUGUUUUCAUCCACAGUUUUCGACGACGUCACUCAGAUCAACAAUCGAGUACCGUUGGAUCGAUGGUGUGGAGCGCUUGGAUUUAUACGAUUUCUGUGGAUACCACCCUGUGAUGAUCGACAGCGUACUACACAAUCGGUAUCGGAUAGUGGAUAAACUGGGGUUUGGUGGGUAUUCUACUAUCUGGCUUGCUCGAGACGAGACAGUUAAACGCUAUGUUGCUGUCAAAAUUGGGAUAUCAGGCCUGUCACUCCCUCGACGGGAACCCGAUAUCCUACGGACAUUAUCUGGCUCAGGCCCACAAGCUCCUCGCGCUGCUUCUGAUGCCAAUAGAUGCCCGGUGGUACCGAGAAUUUUUGAUGUGUUCGACGUCCACGGGCCCAACGGAACCCACACAUGCUACACGUUCACUCCCGCCCAAGGGAGUCUCAAGGAGGCAUCAUUCAGUCGUCUCUUUCCUAUUCAAGUCGCUCGCGCUUUAGCUGCGAAAUUGGCGACUGCAGUCUCGUUCGUUCACUCACGCGGUUUCGUUCAUGGAGAUCUUCAUCUCCGAAAUGUGUUAGUUAAACUCCCAUCGACGUUUGACGAACUUUCAGUCCAAGAAUUUAGGGAGAAAUUUGGCGAGCCUGAUACGGUCCCCAUUACUCGAGUCGAUGAAAAGCCCCUCACCUCCAAUGUCCCGGCCCAAGCUGUAGUGCCUCUUUAUCUUGGUAAAAAAGCUCAGGAUUUUAUCUUAGCUGACGCCCACGGCUUAAUCCUCAGCGACUUUGGCGAGGCAUUCUCUCCAGCUACGGAGCAGCGACUUGGCAGAGACUGCAAUAUUCCCCUGGCUAAGAGAGCACCCGAAGCUCUUUUCGACCCAAAUGAACCUUUGUCAUACCCUUCAGACAUAUGGAGUCUUGGAACCGCCAUCUGGGAGAUAUUGGGGAUGAAAUUCAUCUUCAGCGAGUCAGAAACGCAGGACGAAAUCGUUGCUCAACAAAUUGAUGUGUUGGGCUCUCACAAUUUCCCUAAAAACUGGGGGGAACAAUGGGAACGACUUAGCGAGGAAGGAAAUGACGGAAAUGACGCAAUACCACGACAGCCAGUUGGUGAUCGGGAAACGUGGCCCAGCCUUGAGGACGCCUUCGAAGAGUUCGUGCAAAAGUACAGAAGGAAACGAGAGGCGGCUGGGACUUUUGAGGAUGAAGAGACGCGGGCCAUUCUUCAUUUGAUCCGUGGCAUGCUGAAGUUCCAGCCUGAGGAACGUCUAACAAUAGAGGAGGUGCUUAGGUCCGAGUGGAUGGUCAAAUGGGCAUUGCCUGAGCUAAAGUAAAGCUGAAAUGGAAUGUGGUUAUACAGCCAAUGCGAUUUGAACUAUUACAAUAAAGC